UUUGGAUUAAGAUAAAUACAAAGACAAGCUACAAAAAAAAAACAUUUUAUUGAAUAAUCAUAGAUUUGUCCGAAAUAUGGAUUGGUCAAGAGUAUGAGUGCAGAAAAGAAACAAGUAGAUUGGAAACGGACGAUAUGAGCAAUCGCACUGCUGUUUUCUUUGUGAUUUUGUCAAGAUAGACGCGCCGGUUUUUUAUGUUGUGUGGUUGUGUUUUUAGCCAAAUACAUGCUGUUUUGACAAUAUGUGAAUGAAUGUCAAAAUGGAUACCCAAAAUAUAAUUUGCAGAACAUGUUUACAUUCAAAUAAAGAACUCUCUUCUAUAUUUGAUGAAAUAAAUGUUAAAAAUAAAAAACUGUCCAUUCCUUAUAUUUUAGAAACAUGUACCUUACUUCAGGUCUCAAAAGAAGACAAAUUUCCACAGUAUAUUUGUAAGUUAUGUUUGGCACAACUAGAGCAAGCAUAUUUAUUUAGAGAAAAAUGUCACGAUUCAUAUAAAAAACUAGGAGAAACUAUACAUAGCAUUAAACAAUUAGAUAAAACAGAAACUUUACCAGAAAGUAAUUUGGAAGCGAAAGCUGUUAUUAAAAAUGAAUGUACGAAGUACAAGUAUAUUUCUCCAUAUUAUGAGCGUGAUAAUGUGAUAAAUGGCUGUGAUUCUGAUUCAGAUGAUUAUAAAACCCAAACUGAUUUAUUAGAUAAUUCUAAAUAUAAAUGUGUUGUAUGCACUCAAGUCUUCCUGAAUAAAAUUGAAUUAGAACAUCAUAAUAAGCAACAUCUAGAUACUAAAAAACUUAGUUGUGAUGUUUGUGGGAAGGUAUUCACCAGGUAUUCAAGUGUUAAACGGCAUAUGACUACUCACACGGGUUUAAAGCCUCAUUCGUGUCCGAUUUGUCAUCGUUCCUUUACACAAUCGGGAACAAAGGCUUUACAUAUGCGAAUGCAUAAAGAAGUUAUUGUUUACAAAGAAGAAAAUAACAAAUCUACUAACCAUUCGCAUCUCUGUUCAAUCUGCGGGAAGUCUUUUAAGCAAUCCUCAUCUUUGACUAUUCAUAUUCGCAGACAUAAUGGCGAGAAGCCGUACGUUUGUACGAUUUGUAAUAAAAGCUUUAUAUCGAGCAGUCUAUUAGCGUCACAUUUGAGGAUUCAUUCUGGUGACAAACCAUACUCUUGUAAAUUUUGUAACAAGACAUUUACCCAUUCGUCAGGCAUGAACAAACAUUUGAAAACCCAUUUAGAUUUAAAGCCAUAUCGAUGUAAAUAUUGCCCUAAGAAGUUCUCUUCGACAUUUUAUUGCAACAUACAUAUGAGAAAGCAUACAGGUGAAAAACCACUAAAAUGCAAUGAGUGUCAAAAGUGCUUCUCAGAUCCCAAAAAUUUUAAGCAACAUAAACUCAUUCACACAGGCAUGAAACCUUUUUUGUGUAUAAGUUGUGGUAAAUCUUUCAGAAGAAAUCACCAUCUUACAGUACAUAUGAAGACUCACACCAAAAGUUAAUAGUCGAGUGUAUUUUGUAAGAUAAUUAAAACUCGCUAG